AAACACUUGUAAAAAUUGAGUAAAAUGUGAGUAAAGGUUGGCAAAAAUAUCUGUAUCUGUGUCUCAAGUCAGUCGAAAAAAGCCGUUGAAUAAGUCAGAUGCGGGUCGGAUGCAACAGGAACAUUAGCAUUUAGGGCAUAAACUCUUUAUACAUACCAUAUUAUCAUAUCAUAGCAAAACGAAAUGAAACUAUGUAUGUAUAUAUAUACUAUAUCCGUAUGUAUAUUAAGAAUAAUCAAUGAAAUAAAGGACAAUUUAAUGUUCUUUAUCAGAACUUUUACUCAAAACAAUCCAAAAAACUCAUCGGAAUUAAACCACACCAAGUGCAAAAGGGUUUUGCAGGAUAAUGUAAAACACGCCCACAACUACGAUCGCUUGAUUUAAAAGUUCCUAUAAUAUUUAAGUAUAAAGAUAAAGCAUACAAUAGUACAAAACCAUCAUUGCUAAGUAAUAGUAAGCAAAUCAUUUCCCACGGAAAAAAUAAGAUACCUUAACCAAACUUAAAAUUGUAAAAAGGACCAACAUAUUAAGCAGCUGACGUCCAAUUUGAUGGCUACUAAAAAUCUAAGCUCUAAUAAUGGUAAUGACGACGGCUCUCCAAUGUCCAAAUCUGAUGUGGAAACUUUUGAAGGAAAAAUAGUGUACAAUCUCGAUGGCAGCGCUUAUAUUAUUGACGCAGACCAUGCAAAUAGAAGUGGAUUGGAGUGUAUUAAAAAUAUUGAAGCCUCAACUUCGAUUUCAGUAACUGAACUUCCAUCAAGCGGCCAGGAAAAGAAAAAAGGAUACCAGAAUAUUCAGUUAUUUAAACAGACUAAGCAUGAUCUUGAUCAAAUUGAUGAUUUUUCUGUUCUGGGUAGAAAUUCAGUAAUAGGAUCAGGCGCUACCUAUAGAUCCAGCCCAAAAAUACAUUCCUUUCGGGUUGUGUCUGCGCAAGAUGCUCAUUCAAAUUGUCCAACCCAAGCGUUUAAAAUCGAAAAACCUAUUUUAAUGUGCUUUAUUUGCAAAUUGUCUUUUGGUAACGUAAACUCUUUUGGCUUGCAUGCAAACACAGAUCACAGGCUUAAUUUGGAGGAACUAGAGCAGCAACUGCUUAAUCGCGAGUACUCUAGUGCCAUUAUACAACGUAACAUGGAUGAAAAGCCACAGAUAUCUUUUUUGCAGCCCCUGGACAUUAAUUCCAGUGAUGAAACCGAAAAACUGCAAUUAUCCAAUAAAGACAGAAAGGCUAUUCUGUCGCUGUCACCACAAUUAGAGUUCCCAAAUGAAUCGGAACCAGAAAAAAAAGAAGAACAGAGUAAUAAAAAAGACAAAAAUUCCGGGUCUGGACUUUACUCAGACAUGGACCAAUUACAUGAACCAGAACAUGAGCCAAAACUUGACGAUAGUAGUAGAUACAUGGGCGAACCUAGUGCAAAGCUGCCAGUAUCGUCACCUAAAGUAAGAGGAAAAUCUUCUAUGAAUCUUGGUUCCUUAAAUUCAGAAACAGCUAAGACUAACCUAUUGAUAGUAUCCCUAAAAAACUCACCUGCACCCCCAUUAAUAUCAGCCACCGAAGGGGUCUCAUUACACUGUACUGAUAAUAUAAGUAAUAGUAAGUCACCAAUAUAUACCCAUGAAAUGGAGCUAACAUCAUCUAAAGGACUCGAAAUAAAAUGCCCCAUACUCGAAGGAUCUAUAAGUCCAUCAUCUCAUUUAAACGAAUUAGAUGCAACCAGCUCAGAAUUUUUACAUGAGACAAUGGGGGCACCAACUGGUAGCAUAUUUCCUUCCCAAAUCAGUUCUUUUCACUCUUCUUUGGCAGCUCUAGCUGUACAAGAAUCUAAUGGAAACCAAGUCAAAAUAAUUACGGAAUUUCUCCAACAACAGCUGCAACAACAGCAACAAACAUUAGUAUCUACUAGACUAUGUCCUGAUCAUCCUGAUUCAAAGGGUAUCGAUUGUAAAAGCUGCGAACUUCUGGAAGUUAACCAGAUUUCCAUGUCAUCACCCUCCUCGCAUCAGCAUGUAGCUCAAUUUUUGCCCCAACAUCCGGUCCAAUCUCAGCCACCCCAAAUACCCCAACGUUCUCCUGGCAGCAACAGUGGAGGUCUACCUAUUUCUCCCAGUACUUCAUCAGCAAAUAGCGUGGGAAAUACGUCAAGCACUACAUCCUGCUUUACGAUCGGCGCUUGCUCCGAACACAUAAAUGGCCGGCCUCAAGGAGUAGACUGCGCCCGCUGUGAAAUGCUCUUGAACUCUGCUCGAUUAAACAGCAGCGUACAAAUGUCCACUCGUAAUUCGUGCAAGACUCUUAAAUGCCCUCAGUGUAAUUGGCACUACAAAUAUCAGGAAACAUUAGAGAUCCAUAUGAGAGAAAAACAUCCAGAUGGGGAGAGCGCUUGCGGAUAUUGUCUAGCAGGCCAGCAGCAUCCCCGACUCGCACGUGGGGAGUCGUAUUCUUGUGGCUAUAAGCCAUACCGAUGUGAAAUUUGCAACUACUCGACGACUACAAAGGGAAAUUUAUCUAUACAUAUGCAGUCGGACAAGCAUUUGAACAAUAUGCAGGAACUUAACAGUUCACAAAACAUGGUAGCUGCUGCAGCUGCGGCUGCUGCGACUGGAAAAUUGAUGCUAUCUAGCACCACGCCUCAAUCAGCCGGUCCUGUCACUUCUGGUCCCAAUGGGUCGGGUAGUGCUACCAUACAAUGUGGUCCAGUUUCAAGUGGAGGCAGUAGCAACAUAGGAACCGUUUCCAUUAACCCCAAUGUAGCUGGACCAGGAUUAACCAAUGCUACAGGAAAUUUAGGAAGCAGUGGCAAUUCUAAGCCAAAACCAUCAUUUCGUUGCGACAUCUGCAGCUAUGAAACAUCAGUUGCCCGUAACCUGCGCAUACAUAUGACUAGUGAAAAACAUACACACAACAUGGCCGUUCUCCAAAAUAACAUCAAACAUAUUCAAGCGUUUAACUUUUUGCAACAACAAAGUAGCAGUAGUAACGCUUCUGUCUUGAAUUCUGGAAGUAGCUUCUUGCCUGAGGUUGCAUUAGCUGAUUUGGCAUAUAAUCAAGCACUAAUGAUUCAGUUUUUGCAUCAGCAACAGAAUCAGCAUCCUGUCAACACUAAACAAUCCCCUACAUCUUCUCCUGUUAGUACACCAGAACCAUUUUCUCUUUCACCGAAGGUAAUAAAAAUGGGUCAUGGAUUUGGUACUGCAAUGAAUAUGGGCCUUGGAAUACCAAUUGGGACCAGCCACGCAAGUGAAGCACCUAUUGAUUCGACGAGUGAUUCUAGUUCAUUGACAAAACCUGAUAUGUGGCCUUCGGCGUUCUAUAGUUGUUUAAUAUGCGAAUGUUUCAGUACUAAUAAUUUGGACGAUCUUAAUCAGCAUUUGUUGGUAGAUAGAUCUCGUCAUUCUUCUAUCACAUCUUCUGAUAUAAUGGUUAUUCACAACAACAACUAUAUCUGUCGUCUUUGUAAUUAUAAAACAAAUCUAAAGGCCAAUUUCCAACUGCACAGUAAAACAGAUAAACACUUGCAAAAGCUAAAUUUUAUUAACCAUAUAAGGGAAGGCGGGCCUAGGAAUGAAAUAAAACUACAGUAUCAGCAACAUUUAGCUAAUGUUGUGCAAAUUAAGUGCAACUGCUGUGAUUUCCAUACGAAUUCCAUUCAGAAAUUAUCUCUUCAUACCCAACAAAUGCGCCAUGAAACGAUGCGAAUGAUAUUUCAGCAUCUUCUUUACAUAGCCCAACAGAGUCGUAUGCAUAAAGAUUCUUUUGACCCUGGAGCAGAUGUUCAACAAUGUCCCAGUCCUGAUGAAGAUCAUCCGCCUUUGCAAGGAACUGAGAAACUUCUUCUCUGUCAGCUCUGCAAUUUUUCAGCUAAGAAUCUGCAUGCGAUGAUGCAGCAUGUUAAAGGGAUAAGGCAUAUGCAAGUCGAACAGUUCAUGUGCUUGCAGCGACGUAGUGAAAACCAAGAAAUACCUGGACUAAGUGAAGUAUUUAAAGUGACGGAAUGGCCUCGAAAUACUGAAGAUAUUAACUUUGAAGUUGGAUUAGACUUUGCUAAAACCGCAGCCAGCGACACAGUAAUAGAGGUGAGUUCCAUGGCAUCAGGAUCUGAAACAACGCCAACGACCGCUGCAGAUGGAAGCUUCUUCGGGCCGUCCUCCCCUAUUUCAGAUUUAUCUGCAGGCAUACCGACAACAGUUUUCAAAUGCAAUAUAUGCGAAUAUUUUGUACAAUCAAAAAUGGACAUGGCAGCUCACAUUGAAACUGUGCACCCUAGUGCAGAUAACGAUGAUUUUAUAAGUAUACCAACAAACACGGCCGCACUUCAAGCUUUCCAAAAUGCUGUAGCCGCAGCUGCUAUAGCAGUCGUGCAGCAACAGUGCAACUCAAUUAACCAAGGGCCUUCAGUGUCAGACCAAGAACAUAAUAGCAAUAAAGGUACUGAAGAUAUUAAGUGUGAGCGAUUUGAAGAGGACGAGGAUCAAGUGUCUAACAUAGAGAAUGAUAAGACUUUAGAUAAUUUUACUCGCCAAACAACAAGCUUCACAGUUCAAAAUUCGUCACCUCCACAGGAAACCCAAAUCGCGGUUCAAUGUCCGCUAUGUUUGGAAAAUCGUUUUUCUGAUAAAGCUUCCUUGGAAAGCCAUUUGACGAAUGUUCACAGCGUAACCAAAGAUGGUCUUUCUCGACUUUUACUCUUCGUAGACCAAACUGCGUGGGCAAAGUCCAAUGAGACAGUGUCAGAAGGUGUAAAAAGCAUAACUUGUUUGACGACCUCAGAUAACAGCAACGUUGUAGAAAAUACAAAAAUCAAUUCUGAAACCAUGAUUAGUAAAGUCAUUAGUAAGUCUACAGGAAUUAAAUGUCUUUCCUGCCAGCAUUGCGAAGCCACAUUUAAACAUGAGGAACAGCUGCUUCAGCAUGCUCAACAGAACCAGCAUUUUUCUUUGCAAAAUGGAGAGUACUUUUGCCUUGCGGCGAACCAUAUUAGCCGUCCUUGCCAAAUGAGGUUUAGAAUCCUUUCGUCCAUGAUGAGUCAUUAUCAAGACUCGCAUAUAAGUUUAGUAAUCUCAGAACGGCACGUUUAUAAAUAUCGUUGCAAGCAAUGUUCGCUAGCUUUCAAGACUCAGGAAAAGCUUACUACUCAUAUGCUAUACCAUACAAUGCGAGAUGCGACAAAAUGUUCACUUUGUCAAAGGAACUUUCGUAGUACGCAGGCGUUGCAGAAGCACAUGGAACAAGCGCACGCCGCGGAUGUCAUUGAUAGUAGUUCUCGCCCACUGACACCCAACACAGAAGAAAUAGACAAACUUUCUGCAGGAGAAGCCAUUAAUAUGGGAAGAGAAUCUAAGUCAGCAGAUAUGGCGGGACCUUCUAUUUCUCCGCCGCAGCUAGAGUCACAAAUUAGUAAGGAAUCGGCCCCUUUACCAUCUAGUCCAAGUACUCUUGGGACACAGUCACACCAUCAGCACUUUGCUACAUUGACAUCCUUGCUUAAACAGCAACAGUGUAUUGACUCUGAUUCUAUUGGCGUUCAUCCAGAAGCAUUACCUAUAGCAGAAGGAGAAUUUUCUCAAAAUUUGCAGGGAUUCCAGAAUAUACACAAUUUACAGCAUAUGCAACACCAAGUUGGUGUAGGUACCGCUUCGGGAUUACCUAUUAACCCAGUGGAUAUGAUCAAUCUAAUGCAAUUUCAUCAUUUGAUGUCUCUAAAUUUUAUGAACUUGGCUCCACCACUAGUGUUUGGGGAAAACUCAGCCGGUACCACUGCAACAGCCGCUCAAAACAGUAACAUUACUUCCAGUAUAAUACCAACUAGUGUAGGAAUGGCAGACUUGCAAAAUCCCAUCAGUGCCAACUCUUUAAUUGGAGACUCUGUUAACAUAAGCCCAGUGCCAAUCAAAAAUCAAACUCAACACGUCAACUCGCAGCUGGGCAGCAACCAAAAACGGGCGCGAACGCGUAUAACAGAUGAGCAGUUAAAGAUUUUACGAGCACAUUUCGAUAUAAACAAUUCGCCGAGCGAGGAAAGCAUAAUGGAAAUGUCCCAAAAGUCCAAUCUACCAAUGAAGGUUGUCAAACACUGGUUUCGAAAUACAUUAUUUAAAGAACGGCAACGUAACAAAGACUCGCCCUAUAAUUUUAAUAAUCCGCCGUCAACGACUCUAAAUUUAGAAGAAUAUGAACGUACUGGUCAUGCUAAAGUUACAAACCUUAGCGAUAUUGAAACACCUACAUUAAUUACAAAGCCACUUACGAUUUCAUCAACGUCCAUUGAACAAAACACUACGAAAACCAAUGAAAAAAAAACUUCAUUAGAUAGUUUAGGUAACAUUCCUGUAACAGUGCCCGUGCUUCUUACAGAGAAUGUAACCCCAUCAUCUCGCCCAGGAUCUACAAACUCCAGUGGAAAUAUAUCUGAUUAUUUAAGCAAUAAUUUAACCUUAGGACAACAGGGAGUUAAAUGCCAAGAUUUAGUAUGCCCUGAGGAAAUUCAAAUAAAAACAGGACAACACCAACAUUGUGGUAUCAGCUCAAAUGAAUUCACAUUUCAUAAUAAACAGAAAAAACCAAAUUUGUUAAAACAACAAUCUCAAAUUGAUCAUUCAGAUAAGCCCAUACCAAGUACAGAAAUGGAUUCACAUACCAGCCAUAGUCUACAGCAGACAUUUGAAACAAAGUCAGAAAGCGGAAGUUCCGAUGUAAUGUCACGUCCUCCUACUCCUAAUAGUGCGGUCGCGGGUAAUAUAUAUGGUAACAUGAGCGAAAUAGUUAAUCAACAAUUAGAUACCUUGGGCAGUAAUAUGGGACCACCGAAAAAACUUCAAAUUACGGGAAAAACAUUUGAAAAAAUUUCGCCGCCAGUUUUGACUUCCACUUCAUGCCAACAGUACGACAAUAGCUCGAGCUCAUCUUCAUCAUCUUCAGGGGGUAAAAGAGCGAAUCGAACACGUUUCACAGAUUAUCAAAUUAAAGUUUUGCAAGAAUUUUUUGAAAACAAUUCAUAUCCAAAAGAUAGUGAUCUUGAAUACUUAAGCAAACUUUUAUUGUUAUCUCCUCGAGUUAUAGUAGUUUGGUUUCAAAAUGCACGCCAGAAGCAACGAAAAAUUUAUGAAAAUCAACCAAACAAUUCAUUAUUCGAAAACGAGGAGGCCAAAAAGCAAAAUAUUAAUUAUGCUUGCAAAAAGUGUAGCUUAGUAUUUCAACGAUAUUAUGAGCUAAUACGUCACCAGAAGAACCAUUGUUUUAAAGAAGAGAACAAUAAAAAAUCAGCCAAGGCACAAAUCGCUGCUGCUCAAAUUGCUCAAAAUUUAAGCUCAGAAGAUUCAAACUCUUCCUUGGACGUUCAUCACGUUGGAAUUUUUCCGUCUGGAUCAACAGUAAUCGCCCCAUCCGCUACAACCGGUGUUUCCACAACUGGAACACAGUCAUUUAGUGCAUCGCCUUCCCCUCAAAAUUUAUUUCCUAAGUCCACAUCACUUACUGAUUUUAGUCCUUCUACAACUCCCACACCCCCUCAACGGGAGCGUAGCAAUAGUUUAGAUCACACAAACAGAUCUGCCAAAUUUGAAUGUGAUAAAUGUGAAUCGCAGUUUAACCUCAUAGAGCAAUUAAGAGAGCAUCAAUUAAUGCAUCUUAUGAACCCAGUAUCACUUUUCGCAUCUACAAAUUCGAGCAUUGAAUCUCAAUUUGGUCCAUUCGGUAGUAUACUUCAAAGUUUACAACACGCAGCGGUAAAACAUCAAACACAACCUGAAUCUCCACCAACAAAAAGACGAAAAUACUCUGAUAGCUCAUCAAAUGUUGAUGAUAAUUCUUUUUUGAAUGAUCGUGAAAACCGGAACAAAAAUUUCGAAUUUCUUCAUAAAUAUUUUAUGCAGCAUGAAUCAAAUUUAGAACUCAAACAGCAAUUUUUAAAACAAUCUCAACAUCCAAGUCAGUUACAGCAACAAGAACAAGGAAAUGAACUAGACUUUCAAUUAGAAUUUCUUACUAAUUUCUAUCAAAAAAUGGAAUUAAAAAAAGUUAGCAAUUAUGAUUUUUUGCUAGAGUACUACCGAAAACAGGAAGAAUCAAAUUCAAAAAUCAAGCCUCAACAGAAGCAAAAUUCUUUUAGUUCCAGCCAGAAACCCUCUAUUGAGUUUUUGCUUCAAUAUUAUAAGCUAAAUGAAUCAAAAAAGUUUUUUCACUUUGUUGCCUCGCCAAGAGCAAUUUCUGAUGGAGCAGGUAGUCAACCUAAAUUGACUGUUGAUGAGCCUUUAACCAUUAUCGGUAACUCUAUAUUGGAGAAGGAAUCUGAAAAGGACCAACAGCUUCAGGAGGAACCGUUUGAAAAAGACACAUCCAUGAAUAAGGGAAAAGGAGAAACUAAUACCAUUUUUUUAACUACAUCGGAUCGAUUUGAUGGAAUCAAAGAAGACAAGAUCGAACUAAUCGAAAAUACAGUAAAUGUUACCUCGAAAGAAUCCUAUAAUGAAGGUAAUAACAAUAGGCAAGCUAACCCCCAAUAUUUAAAUAAUCUUGAAGAGUUUUUGGAUGCAACAUUGAUAGAAAACAACUCCCAGACUUUAACAUUCUUGGAUGAUGAAAAUGGAAGUUCAAAGGAGGAAAAGAAUAUAUCUUCAGCACCGAAAACUAAUGAACUUGAAAAACGGUCUCCAGGUUCACCUGUUAAUGUUUCAUCAAAACAAAACAAACGCCUACGUACUACCAUUCUUCCAGAACAAUUAAAUUUCUUAUACGAAUGUUAUCAAUCAGAAUCGAACCCAAGCCGGAAAAUGCUUGAGGAGAUAUCUAAAAAAGUAAACCUUAAGAAACGUGUAGUACAAGUCUGGUUUCAAAACUCUCGAGCCAAAGAUAAAAAAUCACGUAAUCAGCGUCAUUACGCACAUAUAUCAGACGAUAAUAGUUAUGAUGGUUCAAGUGGCAAGGAAGUAGCCAACGACCUCAAAAGCAACUACGUUUCUAUGGAACUGGAUUCCGAUAGAAUUUUGCAAGACUGUCAGUUGUGCCAAGUCACCCAAGUCAACAUUCAAAAACACGCUUUUAGCGUAGAACAUAUUUGCAAGAUGAAAAAGCUUUUUAAACAAACCACCGAGCUUUACUCUCAUAGCAAUGGCAGCGGAAGCGAUGACAAUGAUUCUGAUAGAGAAAAACGCUUUUACAAUUUAUCAAAGGCUUUUCUGUUCCAGCAUGUUGUUUCAAAUGCAACAAGCAUUGCUUCGUCCCAUACAUCUGGCUCUGGUCAAGAUUCUAACAGGCUGCAUGAAGACAACAUCAUUUUAAAUUGUGACACUACUACCGGCAAUAAGAGCUCUACAGCCGAGGUCGAGUCUGAAAAUGAAACAAACAUCGCUGGUAACCAGGAUCUUAUUCAGCAGCUAUUUAAUCGAAAUCAUAUUACCGGUAAGAGUGUCGGCGAAUUUGACUUCUUAGGUCAAAACUUUUGAUCCUAUCUUUUUUUUUAUCAACUUAUACUUUUGUGUAAGUAAAAAAAAUACCUAAGUUUUAUUUUCGUCUAUUUUUUGUUAUAAUUCAGUUUAACUAAUGUAUUUUUAAAUGACAACAUUUAGUUUCCCGCUGACACUAUAAGACAGAGAACUUCUACAAUGAAUGUGCCUAUUUUUUUGUUAAAUAAAUCGCAAUAUACUAAUUCGUUCAUUCUUUUUAUAAAAUGCGCAUACAUUUAAUGCCUCGCAAUUAUACAAAACAACAGAAAAUUUAAUUUUCCAAUUGCAGGCAUUUUUAUUAUAAAUAUUAGUCUCCUAAUAACUCCUAAUCACAAAAAAUUAUAAUUUUAAAUAAAUUAUAUUAUAAUUAUAUUAUAAUUAAUAAAAUUAUAAUUUUAAAUAAAUAGUUAUGAAUAUGUACAUAUAUAUAUAUGUAUAUGUAUAUGUAUAUGUAUAUGUAUAUGUAUAUGUAUAUGUAUAUGUAUAUGUAUAUGUAUAUGUAUAUGUAUAUGUAUAUGUAUAUGUAUAUGUAUAUGUAUAUGUAUAUGUAUAUGUAUAUGUAUAUGUAUAUGUAUAUGUAUAUGUAUAUGUAUAUGUAUAUGUAUAUACAUAUAUGUACAUAUAUGCAUAUGUAUACGAAGUAUGGUUGACGACAUCUCAAAUAGGAUUGAAGGAUUGAUAGGAUAGGUUGAAGGUUUUUUUACUGUUUCAGUUGUAAGUUUUAAGAAGGCGUAUUACUGUUUUCUCAAAUGACUAAAAUCCUAAAAAUUUAUUUGAUCGGUAUCGUCCCAAAAUAUUUCUUAUAAAUGUUUAAAAAUUUUUAACUAAUAAUGGAAAAAUAAUAACACUUUGACAUUUUAUUUCACCUUUUUAGAGAUAUGUAAAAAAAAACAACGGUUGGGCUUAAAAUUUUGACUAACGAUUAAAAACAAUAUUUAUUUUGUUCGAUUCCAGUAGCGUAGAUAGGGGGGGAUCAGGGGGAUCAAUCCCCCCCCUUGGGUCUGAGAAUGAUGAUGAUAUAAUCUCAAAAUUGAAAAAGAAACACAUUUUUACGCGAUGACUGUGCAGUACAGCAUUAUUAUUAUUAUUAUCGCAGAUUGCGGAUUAUUAUCGCAGUGUAAAAUAAAACUUACAAAAAUACAGGAUAUUAUUCUGAGUCAUAUCCCCCCCAUAUCAAAGAGCUAUCUACGCCACUGUUCGAUUCACAUGUUGUGUCCGUAUCCUACAUAAAGAUAUCUAUUCAAAAAUUUAAAGAUUGAAUAUUAAAAGAGAAAAAAGCUAACUGUUAUUAAGCUAAAUUCACCGAAGUUAUUAAUUCUCUCAGUUUUUCUUAAAUAUUAGAAAGAUUACUGAAGCAUGCGUGGCUGAAUGAGUAACUUCCAACUCUGUACAAGAGGGUUCAAAUCCUAGCUACCAACAUACGAGAAUAUUAUUAAAAUUUGUUUAAAACAAAUUUUAGGUAUAGUCAAUAAACUUCGUUAAUUUUAAUAAAAAUACUUGUUAAGCGCAAUAUCAUGCACGUUAAGCACUUUGUUAACAUUGUGUGGUCAAUUGUGCUAAGGUGUUGAGCAUCCGUUACACUUGAAAUGCGAGUUGAUCCACCAAGCAAUUCAGGGUAAAAUCUGUGUCAACCCUAUAGCUUUUAUACUCCCCGAGUAAAAUGAAUUGAAACAGGCAGACAGACGGGCAUACUGACAUGCUUUAUUUUAAUUAACUCGUCGUUCUGAUCAUAAAUAUAUAUAAUCUAUAUAAUUACAAACAUCCAGUUAAAAUAACACACCAUGAAUGGGUAUAAAAAUAUUAUUUUCAUAAAGACCCAUUUAAAUUGUGCGAUGAUCAUAGGUGAAACCCACAUUUUGAGUACAAAGGCGAUGAUUGCGAGACUAAAAUCUAUAAAAAAAAAGUCGUCAAUUGGAAAAUUUUAAAAUUUUGCAGCAUAGAAGCAUUGUAAAGAACUUUGCAUAGGAGAUAGGAUAUAUAAAACAAAUAUGCAAACUAAAGUAAAUUCAUAUAUAAAAACACUUAGUGUUAAAUCAUAUCUAACGAGUAUGGUACUUUGAGUUUAUUUUCAAAUUCUAAGCACCACUUCCACUUAAUUCAUAAAAAGUAUGCUUUAAUAUUUACCGGUAUAAAUUCGACUAAUUGGUGCUAAAAAUAAUUUUAUUAAAAAUUCUUAAUUUUAAUUUAUGUAUACAAAUUAAUACAAUUGAUUUAUAUUAAAAUGCUGAAAAUUUGUACAAAAAAUAAACAUUUAUUUCA